AUGUCACUCGAGGGUUGUAUAGAUAUGUAUUGCGAGGCGACGGGCAAGUUUGAGGCGAGGCCCCUAAGUGAGUUGGUCCUGAACAGGACACCUUACCCCCAAAGGGGGUGGUGUGUCGCCGAAGUUCAGUGGAUGAACACGAAAGAUGAGGUGUUUGGCUGCUCUCCCAUGCCCCCAGCAGUUUUUCAGGAGCGGGUGGCGCGUGGUGAGCAGGGACUUGCAGAUGGGUUGCCCUUGAAAUUUACACACCGCUCUGAUGCAAAGCUGGUGAGUCGGAUGCAGGAGGAAGUCUUCCUACAGCAUGCCAGGCGACGCAAAAGACUUGAAGCAUGUUCCUUGCCCCAGCACGAGGUGUCGAUAUUGGCGUUGGCAUUGCCACAUUUCGUGAAUCUGGUUGAACUCAUCAUAAGAUCACCUGCCAGGGGCUUCAACUUCGGGCGUAGCAUUGUGGAACUGGCACAUGGCCUUGAACGUCUUCGCCCUCAGAAACUAGAGCGCUUGAAAGUGGAGGGGGAUGGGAUCGGGGAUGCCGGUGCUGCAGCUCUUGCCGCUGCAUUCGCCAGCUGCAAGAAGCUGUACGAUAUUGACGUUGCAAGUGACAACAUUGGAGAUGCCGGGGCAGAAUCUCUGGCUGCCGCAGUUCCGCAAUGCAAUGGGCUGUUGUGGAUUCGAAUAGGAAGCGACAACAUCGGAGAUGCUGGGGCAGCAUCUCUAGCUGCAGCGGCUCUGAAAUGCAAGGAAUUGAUGUCAUUCGAGCUCUUCAAGUGUCACAUGAUCGGAGAUGCUGGGGUAGCAGCUCUGGCCGCAGCGAGCCUGGCAGCGCCCUGGGUUACGUUCUUUUUGGGGCAACAUAUUUCGCAGCUUGCUGAUAGGUUGCCUCACAAGUGGAGCGAUCGCACCUCUGAAAGGGGGUCAGACUGA